CCGUCGUCCAAGGAAAAAGGCGCCAGGGGAAGGUACUGUAGAAUGUUGGUAGGAGGUACUGUGUUUAUUCAGGGCAUUGGAGUAGGCUUGUAUACGCUUGCGCGGCUAUACCUGCUGGUGGAAGUGUUUGUGGCCUUUAGGGCGAUGCCGAGAGACGUUUACAAGACGCCGGAAUGGUCGGUCUUCGUUCCGCAUGUACAUUAGUGGCUCUUAAUAACAAUUAAA